AUGAAGUACUUGCCGGAAAUCAGCUAUAAUGCCGACGACAAAAUAUGGAGUGGAAAGGAGCAACCUGCAUAUUUGUCAGCCGAUUUAUCAGUUGGCCAAGUUAUUUUCCAUGAAAUGCAACGCCAUCCGAAACUUGUAGCUCAGAUUUCUGAUACGGAAAAUACGGUGCUGACAAGAGAGGAACUCCUCUUGAACUCAAUGCGUGUAGCUAUCUACUUAAGGAAUUUAGACCUUGAACAAUCGGACAUAGUUGGAAUCAUAGCAAGAAACACAACGCAUAUAUUCGCUGUUGCCUACGGCUGUUUUUUCAACGGCAUGGCUUUCCAUUCGCUCAACAUCAUUUAUGAGCAGGAAACGAUAGAAAAACUGUUUGAUAUCACCAAACCAAAGAUCAUUUUUUGCGAUGGUGAUGAAUACGAGAAGGUUAAAGAAGCCACAAAACAUUUGAAUGUGAAAAUUGUAACAAUGAGGAAUCACAAAGACGGUUCCAUUAGCAUUGAUGAAGUGCUUGCCACACCAGUUGAUCCAUUCUUCCUACCAGCAAGUCUCGAGCAGGGAGUUAAUCAAACCUUGGCUGUUCUCUGUUCCUCAGGAACUACUGGUACACCCAAAGCCGUCACAGUUCCUAACGCAAAUGUCGUGAAAAAUAUUCUACCCCUCGUGACUAUUUCCGAUGUUUUGUAUGUACACAGUACUUUGGAUUGGAUGACAGGUCUUUUCGCAGCAAUUACGACUGGAGUUCAAAGUUGUCUACGCAUAAUAUCGGAUGAGCCUUUUAAUCCCUCCGAUAUAUUGCGACUGAUUAAGAAGUAUAAAGUUACGUUUUUAGGUCAAGUUCCUCCGCAUAUGGCACAGAUGAUAAACUCCCCAGAAUUUGACAGCGACUAUUUAAGUAGUCUAAAGUUUUAUUUUUAUGGAGGGACCGGAUGUUCUCUUGAGGUUCAAGAGCGCAUUCGUCGAUGUCUGCCGCCAAAUUGUGUAUUUGCUUUUGGAUAUGCUUUUACAGAGUUGUGUGGUGGAGGAACUGGGAAUUUUCACUUUGAUCAAAAGAGAGGUUCAGUUGGACGUUUAUUGGACGGCGUCAAGAUGAAGAUUCUCAACGAACAAAAUGAACCCUUAGGUCCGCAUGAGGUUGGUGAGAUCUGCUUAUACACCGGAAGAUUCUGGGCAGGAUAUUAUGGCAAUCCUGAGGAAACUCGCAAAUUACGAGAUAGAAACUUGUGGUAUCACACUGGAGAUUUGGGUUAUGUCGAUGACGAUGGAUUCUUAUUUAUCGUUGAUCGUAAAAAGGACAUGCUUAAAUAUAAUGCCAUUAUGUAUUAUCCUCAUGAAAUAGAGAAGAUAAUUAGUCAAAUGCCGGAGGUGUCGGAAGUCUGCGUUUUUGGUAAGCCGAAUACUCUUUAUGGAGAUGAAGCAGCUGCAGCGAUUGUUAGAAAAACUGGAGUUCAGUUAGAUCCUCAGGAUGUUAUUAACUUUGUGGCGAAGCAUUUGCAACCGAAACAUAUGCAGCUCAAUGGUGGCGUCUUUAUAAUUGAUAGUCUGAAAUAUACUUCCAAUGGUAAAACGGAUCGCCGAGCAACAAAAGCAUAUUGUUUGGGCCAGAGAUGA